AACAAAAGGGAGUGCCCAAAAGAAUUGCAUGUAUUGAUAUGAAUUAAUUCUUUGUCUUCCUCUCUCUUUCUGUUUCUCUCUCUCUCUUCCUCUCUCUGUGCUACGUCCCUUGUUUAACGUAGACUGACUGGGUCUUUCCGGCAUUGACUCGUUUAAGGACGAUAAGCUGACUCAGUGCCAGAUCGGUGAGUAAGAAAUGAGUGUGGGGUUUUUUGAAGGACAUGUUCAAGCAAUGGGGGGAAUUUGAGCCAGAGGAAGAAAACGAUUGGAUUUGAAACAGAGAAGUGAAAGAAUUGGUAGAAGUUUGUAUAGUAUGGAUCCAAGGAUCAAUCUGGGAGAGGGAUUUUCAACCCAAGGGAGAGAAUUCGAGUUUAUGGGUUCUUGGGUACCAGCAACUCCGAAAAAGCCUAUUCAAACAAGAUCUAAUUCCAUGCCAAUUGACAGGCAUGGGUAUCAUCAAUUGGGCACAGCGAAUUGGCAAGAAGUGGCAGGAUUUCCCAAUGGGUAUGUACAGGAGGUGUCGACGAUUGAGCAAAUGGGUAGAAAUGGGAGUUUGGCAGAGAGGAAGAGAAUGAUAAAUCACAUUGCAGGGUCCUACACACAGUCACUGAGUCAAGAGAUUGGGAGUUGGAAUUGUAGUUCAUUUGUUGAUCUUUUAACAAAGGAUUAUGCAGCUCCUUUUGCCUGUCCAGAUACAAGUUUAAGUAGAAGUAUGAGCAUGGGAAGGCCUUUGAUUCCAGAUUUCCAUUUCCAGGUUACCCACUUGAGAGAAUCCAGUUCAAGAGAAAUGCUAUUCCCCAACCAGCCUCACUGCUCAAGUUCAAACCUGUCAAGUGGCUACAAUAGCUUACUCCAUGCAUCACAAUAUGGAUUUUCUAUGCCUUGUGAUCCUAACUUUGACAUCAAUUCACAAACAAGUAAAGGAGUCAAUGCUGCAUCAAUUGCAACCGAUUCAUUUCAAUUUGCACCAAAAACGCCACCACUGACAAAGAGGUUGAAGAACCAGCUCUCUGCAAAAUAUUAUGAACAGGAAAAAGGCUCAAAUGAAGGGAUAGACAAAUGCCAUGAUUUAGUCACAUCCGUGGACUAUACUCCGAAACAGCACACUUCUGAUGAGCUCUUAUACAACAUUCUGGACUCAUCAUUUGCUGUCAUUUCUACACCAUCUGAGGAACCAAAAGAUUUUGGCAAGCAAAUUGACCAAGUCAUUGACCUGAACCAAACACCCCAGCAGAAAACACAAAAAAGAAAAAAGCACAGACCUAAAGUAGUCAGGGAAGGAAAACAGAAUAGGACUCCCAAGGCUUCAACCACAAAAAUAGCUGAUCUUAACAUGAAAACAACUGAAAAGAGAAAGUAUGUGCGCAAAAAGGGCCAACAGGAAUCACCAGCUCAAUGUCCAGAUUCAAUUGGUGAGACUACUGAUUCAAAGGAGACACUGAAUGGAAGGAAGAACAAUGUAGAUCAUAUUAGUGAAAGAAUGAAUCCCUCUGCUGGAAUGGCAGGACCUUCAUGUAGAAGAGCAUUGAAUUUUGACAACUUGGAAAAUAUCAGAGAUGAAAGAGAGAGCAAUUCAGUUUCUCAACAGGAGAUAAUGAGGAAAAAAGAGGCUUUCAACUCAAGUACAGGUUUUCAAGCUGCAGAAUCAGUCGAUAAAACCAACAUGAUGCACAGAACAAUAUCAGAUUUGCAGUUGAGACAACACAAUGAGCUACUCCUAGAAAACCAGGAAUCAGCAGCAAUAAGUAACCUCACCUCUUCCCCAAGUCGAUUGCUGUGUAGCAACACCUCAAUUUCGCACAGAACAGAAGCUGGAGCCAUUUCAGUUUCAGACAGAAGAGAAGCUGCAGGACUACCAGCUUCAAAAAAAGACGCGCAAAUGGAUAAUUUAAAUGCCAAUGCUCGAGAAACAGAUACCAGAAUGCAGCAACAUCUGCAUGCAGACCCUGAGAGGACCAGACAAUUGAUGCCUCAGGAUACUCAAUCAGUUGGAGAGAUUCCACAUCAUUUAAUUCAUGGUAGGGGAAACAAGAGAGGAUUUGGUAAUGUUGAACAGACAAGCCACUGUUCUGCAAGUCCACCAGAUUAUGACUCAAAUAGCUGCAUAUUCAGUGCAGUUUGUUCAGAGACCCAUAAGAAAAUGAAGAUUGAAAAUGGAAUCCUAACAAAUACAAAUGGUGUGCUACAUUCUAUUGCAGCUGUCAACUAUUCAAUUGCAUCUACAGCACAAAGGAAUAGGGAAAUAUGGAACUCAUACUUGAACAGCAAGAAUAUCAAAAGGAAAGAAAAUAAUGGGUCCACCAGAUACCCUGUUGACUAUUACACAAAUCUUGUGGCUUCUGGACAAGAUUUGUCGAUGCAACAAAUCUUUUCUGGGCCUAAUUUGUACAUGGAAAGGAUUGCAGAGGCCAAAGCCACACAUGUUGAAACUCUUGCCUCCCUAACCACGGUUGAGAAGUAUAACCUGCUCCCACCAACUCCUAAAACAGGCUGUCAACCUGAAGGCCAACUACAAGCCAAAACUUCCAACAUUGAUGUGUCAAUGAAGCAGGCAAUGGGCAACAAUCAGUCCAAAUAUGCUUCAUUCAGAGAAGGUAAAAUGCUACAAGAACAUGCGGACAUCCUGAAAGAUCAGCAAUCACCUGCAAAAAGAAGAGGGCGGCCAUCAAAGCAGAGAUUUUCCACUACAAUUGAAGAAAUUACAUAUCGAAUGGAAUGUCUCAAUCUCAAUGCAGUAGGCAAUGAAAAGACAGGCAAUGAGCAAAAUGCACUUGUGCCAUACAAAGGAGAUGGCACCCUCAUUCCAUAUGGAGGGUUUGAUUUUAUCAAGAAGCGUAAGCCAAGGCCUAAAGUAGACCUUGACCCAGAGACAGAGCGAGUGUGGAAACUGUUAAUGUGGAAGGAAGGAAGUGAAGAUGUUGAUGGAACAGAUGAGAACAAAAAGCAGUGGUGGGAGGAAGAAAGGAGAAUUUUUCGUGGACGAGCUGAUUCUUUCAUUGCAAGAAUGCAUCUUGUACAAGGAGAUAGGCGCUUCUCAAAAUGGAAGGGAUCAGUUGUUGAUUCAGUGAUAGGAGUCUUCCUUACUCAAAAUGUUUCAGACCAUCUAUCCAGCUCUGCCUUCAUGUCUCUAGCAGCAAGAUUUCCUUUUAAGCCAGCAAGAAACAGGACCUCAAAGAGAGAUGGGAAGAUAAUAUUGGUUGAGGAACCAGACGCCUGUGUGCUAAACCCAAAUGACACAGUCAAAUGGAAUGAAAAGUUUUUACAUCAUUCCUUCUACAAUCAGAACUCUAUGGCAAACUGUGAAUCAACAGAAUAUCAGAGAGAAACUGAGACCUCAUGGACUGGCAGGACAAGCAUUGUAGAGGUUCACAGUCACAGCCCUCAAGAAGAAGUUUUGUCAUCUCAAGAUUCUUUUGAUUCCUCACUUAUCCAAAGCAAUGGAGUCAGAUCCUACUCAGGCUCCAACUCAGAAGCAGAAGAUCUUGCAAAUGGGUGCAUACACAGCAAGCAUCUUGAUACACAUUUAACAAAUCUUCCACAAGUUGAGAGCACCACCUUGUUUGAGGAGUUCUAUGGUAGUGUCAGUGGAAGAUCACUGUUUGAUAUACAAUCCAGGCAUGAACAAAAGCAACCUGAAGAUAUGGAAAACAGGCAGCAGCAAUGGCCAAGACUGGAGAGAUUAGAUGGUAGCAUAAAAGGCCCUUUUACGUUUUAUCAGCAAAUCAAUUACAGUACUCCGAAGAUGCAAGUACCAGAUGUUUCUUCUAGUAAGUGUCAACUGUGCACAACUGUACUAUCUGAGAUCCUUGACAUAGACAGUGUUGAUUUUAACAGAGAAGAAAGCAUAUCUUCUUGGCCUUCAAGUGCCUCCAGAUUCAACAAGGAAAAAUAUGCAAGCUGCACAAGUGCAAGGGUUGUACAGGGGGCAGAGAGUAUAGCUUUAUCCACAGCACAACAAUAUGGGCCAUGGAGCUAUCAAGAAACCCGGACAGUUGACCCACAUCCUUUCCUAAGCAAGCAAAUGACAGAUCAACAAAGCAACACUGAACCUUACCUUGGCAGUCAACCACAUAAGAUAAACAAGACCUUCCAGUUGGAAAGAAAAUCAACAGGUGAGACUGCCAAUCUUGCUGAUGCACAGGUUAACGGGCAGAGUAGUUAUGAGCAACACCUCUCAAACCUUCCCAGUCUCGCAGGAAAAGUUUUUGAUGUUGAAGAAAGAAUUGUUUUGGUGGAUGAUAAGCAAACAUGCACUGAAAAUGGAAUCAUUGAAUCAAAUUUGGAGGAGCAAGUGCAUUUUACUAAUAAAAAAAACUUAAAAACAAGUUAUUUGAAAGCAAGAAAAGUGAAAGCUGGAGAUGAGAAAAAGGAUGCAAUUGACUGGGAUAGUUUAAGGAAGCAGGUUCUGGCGAAUGCUAGAGAAAAAGACAGAAGCCAAGAUACAAUGGACUCCAUGGACUAUGAAGCGAUGAGAUGUGUUAGUGUUGAUGAGAUUUCUAAUACUAUUAAAGAAAGAGGGAUGAACAACUUGCUAGCAGAACGAAUCCAGGAAUUUCUGAACCGACUGGUCAGAGAACAUGGAAGCAUUGAUCUCGAAUGGUUAAGAGAUGUCCCUCCUGACAAAGCAAAGGAUUAUCUGCUAAGUAUAAGGGGAUUGGGUUUGAAAAGUGUGGAAUGUGUGCGCCUUUUAACACUUCAUCAUCUUGCUUUCCCUGUUGACACAAAUGUUGGACGCAUAGCAGUUCGAUUGGGCUGGGUCCCUCUUCAACCACUGCCAGAGUCACUGCAAUUGCACCUCCUUGAACUGUACCCAGUACUCGAGUCAAUUCAGAAAUACCUCUGGCCAAGAUUGUGCAAACUUGAUCAGAGAACAUUGUAUGAAUUACAUUACCAGCUGAUAACAUUUGGAAAGGUUUUUUGUACGAAGAAUAAACCAAAUUGCAAUGCAUGUCCAAUGAGAGCAGAGUGCAGGCAUUUUGCUAGCGCCUUUGCAAGUGCAAGGCUUGCACUACCUGGGCCAGAAGAGAAGAUUAUGGUGACUUCAACUGUUCCUUUAAGAACAGAGAGAAGCCCUGGCGUAGUUAUUGAUCCUAUGCCAUUACCUCCAUCUGAGGAGAACUCAGUUAGAAAAGGAGGAUCAGAUAUUGUUACUUGUGUGCCUAUCAUUGAAGAGCCAGCAACACCUGAACAAGAACACAAUGAAGUAACAGAAAGUGAUAUAGAGGACAUAAACAAUGAAGAUACUGAUGAAAUACCGACUAUAAAACUCAACAUGGAAGAGUUGACGAUGAAUCUACAGAAUUACAUGCAAGCAAACAUGGAACUUCAAGAAGGUGACAUGUCCAAGGCUUUAGUUGCUUUGAAUCAAGAAGCUGCCUCCAUUCCCACACCCAAACUAAAGAAUGUCAGUCGGCUACGGACAGAGCACCAAGUAUAUGAACUUCCAGAUUCACAUCCUCUCCUGAAAGAGAUGGAUAAAAGAGAACCCGAUGAUCCCAGUCCAUACCUUCUUGCAAUAUGGAUUCCAGGUGAAACUGCAAAUUCGAUUCAGCCACCAGAACAACAUUGUCAAUCCCAGGAACCAGACAAAUUAUGCAACGAAAAGACAUGCUUUUCAUGCAACAGUAUCAGAGAAGCUAAUUCACAAACAGUCAGAGGAACACUUCUGAUACCUUGUAGAACAGCAAUGCGAGGAAGCUUUCCACUCAACGGCACCUAUUUUCAAGUGAAUGAGGUAUUUGCAGAUCAUGAGACUAGCCUCAACCCGAUCAAUGUUCCAAGAGCAUGGAUAUGGAAUUUGCCAAGACGAACAGUGUACUUUGGAACCUCUGUAUCAACAAUAUUUAAAGGACUUUCAACUGGAGGAAUUCAAUACUGCUUUUGGAAAGGAUUUGUUUGUGUGCGAGGGUUUGACCAAAGAACGAGAGCACCCAGACCUCUUAGUGCUCGAUUGCACUUUCCAGCAAGCAAGCUAGCGAAGACAAAUAAAAGAACACAAUAACAAGCAGGCGGUGAUCAUCUCUUUUAUGGCCAGAUUGUAUCCAGCAAGCCAGCCAGUGAAGACGAAGAAUGAAAGACAAUAACAAGCAUGCCGUGAUGCACAGAUUAUCAAUAGGAAAAGUCCUAACCAGCAAAAGAUCGGUGAUCACAGAUAAGUGAAAGAGAUAUCAUUGCUUACUGUUGUACAUCAAUUAUUCUUUGUCUAACAAGAAAUGCACUUGCCCAAUCUUAGCCCAUCAUAAAGAAAUUUUUAACAUUGUGAGGUACCAUGGCAAAUUGGCAAUUGGGAUGUAGUCAGAUAAAUGCAUUUAUAAUUAAAUUCAUGCUCAAAA